UCUUUCUAAAUCUUCCAUGAAUUCUACCAAAAGAUGUGCUGCAUGCAAGUAUCUAAGAAGAAGAUGCCCUCAAGAUUGCAUUUUCUCACCUUAUUUCCCUCCAAACAAUCCUGAAAAAUUCUCACUUGUCCAUAAAAUUUAUGGCGCAAGCAAUGUCGCCAAGAUGCUUCAGGAACUUCCACGUUAUGCAAGAGCCGAAGCGGCAGAAGCUUUGUAUUUCGAGGCACAAUGUAGAGCGGAAGAUCCGGUUUACGGUUGUGUUGGGAUUAUAUCAUUAUUACAAAACCAGAUUCAGAUAACCGAAAACCUCUUAACCAAAACCAGGGUUGAGAUUGCUCUUCUUCAAACCGACACCACUAAACCGGAUUCCACUCUCAUGUAAUCGCACCGGUUAACUUCUAUUCCAUGGACCCUCUACCUAUCAGAUAUAAUAAAGUUGCUAUGAUAUAUUAUUUGUUAUGAUGUGAUCACAUCAGUGUAUACUAAAAUAAUAAA